UAGCUAUACUUGUAUGACACUAUGUUAAAUGAUCGAUUCAAAUUUCAAGUAUUUUAUUUAUGAAAGCUUAAUAAUAUAUCAACAAACCACAAAAUUUUUUGCAGUUUUUUCUACAUAUACGUCGACACACGGAGGAAUAAAAAAGAUGGGGUUAAAACGAUUUCUGUUAAAUUUGUUUUAUGGUGAUACUGUGACCCCACUACCACACGUGCUCAUAGCUGUACUGUUCGUUGUUAUGUUGUGCAAUGCCAUGACUAUGACAAUGGUGUUUUCUUUCCUUCCAAGAUUCGUCAAGUCCUUUGGCACUUCAGAAGUAAACACCGGUUAUUACGCUGGCCUAAUUGCUUCAGCACUUUUUGUGGGACGGACCAUAUUCAGUUUACUGUGGGGAUAUCUUGCCGACGUGAAAGGAAAGAAAACCACUUUAUUGAUGUCAGCUACUGGUCUCAUGUUGUCAACAUUGGCCUUUGCAUUUAGCACAGGUUUUUAUUGGGCUUUAAUCACAAGAUUUAUUCAAGGCUCAUUUAUGGGUUUGGUAGCAGUAUCGAAAUCAAUCUUGGUUGACUUUUGUGACGAUAGUAACGUAGCUAUUGGCAUGUCACUUUUAAUUUCAUCUUUCAGUGCAGGGCUAAUUAUUGGCCCAAGUGUUGCGGGAUUCUUGGUAUUUCCAGCGGAGCAGUAUCCUAAUGUAUUUAAGAAAGAUUCUUUAUUUGGUCGAUUUGGCAUUUCACCUCCCAACUUGGUUAUUGUUUUUGGAAUGGCUAUUUCUCUCGUCUUUAUUGUCAUUUAUAUACCAAAAGAUAAAAGGAAAGGUACUGGUGAAAAAGCGCAUUUGAUCAGCUCACCAGAACACAGCAAAGAAUAUGUUACUCCUGUUCAUCAUGGAGAUGACUAUUGCAACUACUCCAUCGACAAAACAUCACAAAAAACGAAAGCAAAAAUGUAUAACAAACAUAGCUAUACUUUCUUGUUAGUAGAACCCAUUGAUGAUGCUAUACCAACCAGUGGCUGUUGCCAGAACUUCUUUUCAAUAAAAGGAUUUAAAAGGACAAAAAUGUGGGAACUGUUCAGAAUUAAAGAAUGCAUGCUUAGCAGUAUAUUGUAUGGUACAUAUUCAAUCGCAGCUGUUGGAUUUGACGAAAUGUUUCCUUUAUAUGCAGCAACUUCAAAAUUAUACAAUGGAUUUGGGUUUACAAGUAAACAAAUUGGAGUGGCACUUUUGGCAAUGGCAAUUUUUAUUCCCAUAUUCCAAGUCGUUGUUAUUUCCAAGUUAACACGAAGAUUUGGACCACGAAAGGUGUUUAUCGGGAGCACGCUGGCAAUGGCUUUUUCCAUACCACUGGUGCCAUCUUUAGUACCUAUAAGCAACAACAUCCUAUUCUGGUUUUUGUUGGUUGUAAUAUUGUUGUUUACUCGUGUCGCCGUUAGUGGUGCGUUUCUGGCUGUCAAUAUCUUAUUAAAUAAUUCAGUUACUUCUGAACUUCUUGGAUCGGCUAAUGGACUGGGAAUGACUUUAUCCUCUGCAGGAAGAACUAUCGCGCCAUCUUUGUUUGGAAGCAUGUAUUCUUGGUCGCUAAAAAAUACCAAAGAUGUUGAAGGGAACGCUGAGGCGUUAGGAUUUCCGUUUAAUCAAUAUUUCCCAUUUUUUAUGUUAAGUCUGGUAUCUAUUCUUAAUGCAUUUUUCGCAUCUCAACUUUCACCGUCGAUGGAUCACAAAAAAACUGUAAUCGAAGAAGAAGCAAAAGACUAUGAUAGUGUUGAUAUUGACAAUAAUUUAACGAAAACGAUAAGACUGACCGUGUCAGCAUUUAGACCAGAAUGAUGACAUCCUUCACAUAAACAGUAUAUUGUGUUGGUCAAGAAUUAGUUUUUAAAUAAAUUUUAAAGCAAACUUUUUAUAAAGAUUAAAAACAACACACAAAGAAAUAUUUUUUUGUUUAAGAGAGCUAAAAACUGUCAAGUUACAGAUGCCAUUAUCGUCCGUGAUUUCUAGGAUAGAUCC